UGAUGAAGCAACAGUUAUCUCAGGGACAAAGCUUGCGAACCAAGUCUUGCAAGAAGUUCAAAGGGAUGUAGAAUCGUGGAUAUCCGUUGGGAACAAGAGACCUCAUCUCACUGUCAUAUUAGUGGGAGACAAUCCAGCCAGUCAUAUCUAUGUCAGGAACAAGAUAAAAGCAGCUGCAGCUGUGGGCAUUUCUAGUGAGAUCAUUGUGAGGCCUAAAGACGUUUCUGAGGAAGAGCUCUUAGAUCUGACAGUGCGACUCAACAAGGAUUCGAGAGUCAGUGGCUUGUUAGUUCAGCUUCCUCUGCCAGAUGAUGCUGAGUUGUGCUAUGCAGGAGAUGAUGCCACAGCCUUUCUCACAGCGAUUGCAGGUUUUGCCUUCAGCAUUUAUUCCUGUUUUCUAUGCUGUCCCUGAUGUUCCAGGUGAGCUUUGUGCAGAAGUCCCAAAAGCCUUGACUGAAAUCUUGGUUUUUUAAUUUGCCUUCUCCUAAUUUGUAGUAUAAUCUCACUGAAAUAUCACUUGGCAGUAGGUGGCCAAGUGGUAAUUUUACAGUGAUGAAAGUUGUAAAAAAAGCCCUGAACUAAACUAAAAGCAUUUUCCAUCUGUGAAAGAGCAAAAGUGGGGCAGGUGCUGAGGGUUGUAGAGGAAGAAGUGCUUUGUUUGUAUUUGCAAUAAAGAGCAGCGCUGGUGGUGAGGGGAGUUUGCACUUGGUAUGCCAGGAGAGCUGCCU